AUGGUCCCGUCGUGUCACCUUAACUGCAUCUUUGCCAGGCGCGUCUCGGACCCCGGCCCCGUCGUGUGCAGCGCAUGCCCACCACCCUCGACGUUGGACAUCCCGACUCCUGUCACACCUCCCCUGGAAUCUGGGGCCCGUGCUGCUACUCAGGAUUGGGGUGCUGUUGUUGCCGAGUUGCGGGCGGAAAUCCAUCACCUUCGUGAGGCCUUGUCCCAACCCUGUCAGUCUUGCGAUGCUAGCGCUCGCCUUAGCAGUGACAUGUGUCAACUACAGGAAGAUCUCAAGGCUCAACGUGCCAUCACUCAAUCCUUGGAGCUUGCCGUUGCGGAGCUCCGGCAGGUACACCGGGUUGGGGCGGCGGCGGCCUCCGACAAUCUGCGGAGUGUCGAGGAGGCCACCGGACAGAGCUUGGAUAACGGUUCAAUGGACUUCCCGCUGCCGUCCAAGCCGACUCAGGCCAAACGGAGGCGGCGACCGAAAGCCAAGACUGAUCUGAAGGGCGGUGCGUCAUGUCAAUCCACGUCCUCGAGCUCUGGCGCGACUCCUUCUCUCUUCCGCGUCAUUGCCGCCAAUGUCACUUCUCUAUUUUCGCGUGCCGCGGCAGUGUGUGCGAUUGGCUUCGGUGUGGCUUUCCUCGCUGAGACGGCUCUCACCGCCAGGGGCCAGGAGAUUCUAACGGUUCAACUUCACAAAAAGGGCCGCUGUGUUGUGUGGGGUGCUCCCGUUGCAGGUGCUGGUGUCACUUCCUCCCGGGGAGUUGCUUUGUUGGGAGGCCCUGGUGUCAGAAUCGCGCCGCUGGAUGUCCCUGAUGAACUCAGUGCCCAGUGGCGCGAUGGCCGCGGCUCGCCUGGGGUUACCUGUGUCGCCUGCUAUGCUGAUGUCUAUGAUGCGACCGCUCGUGAAACGUUGUUUGAGUUGGUUGAGGACACCUGGGAGACACUGCGACUUCCUCGCCACUUUCCUGUCCAGGGAUGUGCGCCUACGACUGAUGCUGCCACUCGGCAUGCGGUUGACGUCGCUCGCAUUGGUUCCCUCCUUGCGGUUGGGCGCCCCCUGGCGGCCUACGAGGCUUGGGUCCAACUUGCUGAGGAUGAUCUGGCGUUCGCCUGUCGGCGCCAGGGCGGAGCCGGAGCUCUGUACCUGUGCGUCUGGAACGGGCCCGUUCUGGUCUUGCUGAGCUCUCGUUUCACUGGGAUGCGAGCCUUCGUCAGGGCACGCAACAGGGUUCAUUCGCUCUUAGACUGGCUCCGGGCUGAGAUCAACCGGCGUCACAGUCAAGCUCGACACUCAGCUUUGUCACAGUGGCGUGCCUCGGUUACUAGUUCACAGGCUGCACGUUUCCGGUGGGCGAAAGCUCAGCACGUCAAGUGGCAGACUGUGUUUGACACUCCUGCAUGCUUCGCUGCGGUUGAGAGCGUCUGGAAACCCAUCCUCCGUGACACCUGCCGGCCACCUGCCGGUUGCGAUGCUCAUGAUGCUCCGGAUGUUGACCUGCCGCCGCUGGGUUUGCGUGCGGUGGCUAAGCUGGACUUGCUGGCCAUCGCGGGGGCCGAACUGCGUGCUGCCACACAGCGCACUUCCGCUCAUACCGCCUGCGGUUGUGACGGGUGGAGGCGUGACGAGCUGUUAGCCCUGCCUCUCACACUUUGGGAUUCUCUGGCGGAUGUCUUGCGGGGUAUGGCCGCUGGUGCUAUUUGGCACCCCUCUCUUGUCACGGUCGUUACCUCGUUGAUACCCAAACGGGCGAAUGCCGACUUCUUGAGCGCCCCUGGUGAGGCGGUGCGAUCCAGUCUCCUGGCCUGCGGAGUUGGGGGCCGUUUUCAGUGGGCUUCUUUUCGACCUUCCAACGGGCUGUUUCAGGGGGACCCGACUGCCCCCGCCUGCUUGGCGGCUUUCCUUGCCCCUCCUGUGCAGCAGGUGCGUCAGCGUUGGCCCCAGGUCUCUGUUUCGCAGUACGCGGAUGAUGUGCUGUUCGCUGCAUCUGAUGCUCAUGCGCUGCGCGCCGCGCACGACUUCUUCGCCUCAUGGCUCUUGGCGCGGGGGGUUCAGCUUCAUGCCUCUAAAUGUAAGUGGGCAAGCACGGCUGCCGACCCGGUGAUCCCAGCCUUCUGUGUGCAGCGAACUCGGCUGCAACGGACCAGCAUUCUUGAGUCCCUGGGUGGUCACUUCGUCCGGGUUCUCAUCCUGAGUCGCCAGGCACGCCCGUCUUCCCUGCGAGUUGUCGUGCACGUUGGCAGCAGCUGCACGAUGCGGUACUUGGGACGGUUGCCAGGUUUGGCAGGCUGUCGGUGGGAUGGGAACGUCGUUCUGCUGAUAUCGCUGCCCUGCUCCCGACUAUCACUUACUCAGCUCUCGCCUGGAACCCCGCGGAAGAUGGCGGGGUCUCCUUGGCCUUACUGUCCCCAGUACAUCGAUGCUCGCUCCGUGAAGCAUUGCUACACGAGCAGGCUGCUAUCGCGCAGUUUGGUGGGCCGUGGGUCGCAUGGGAUACUCUGCGGGAUCACCGGGGCCAGCGGCACCACGUCGACUCUACUCGAGGACCGGCCGGUUGAGGUUCGUCCCCACAUCGUCGGGGCCGCUACUGUGGACAUUCUGCCAGGAGUUAUUGCGGACAUGGCCCGGAAACAUGCCGCUGCUGUUCAGGAGAUUCGGGCGCCGGUGUUGCACCUCCUCCGUGAGGCAAUGCGUGAUGCCGCUUUUCAUGAGGCCUCCCGUCGCCGCAGGGACAUGCGUGGGCUUGCUGAUGUGGAUCGUGAUUGCCUCGCGGCAUUGUGGGCUCGGGUCCCGAAGCCGGAACAGCCGACCCUGAGGUUCCUUAUGCAAGGGGCGGCCAUGACUGCCUCGCGCCUCCAUCGGUCUACCCGUGGACGUACCAGCCCGACUUGCCCGUGGGAAGAUGAGUGCCAUCGGUACUGGGUAUGCCCCCGGUGGUCCCCCCUUCGAGUGGAUAAGUUAGGUGCAGAGCAUCAUGAGAUCAGUGUGGAGAUUGCUCGUUUGGGCACAGUUGCAGCCACAUGUGGCAUCCCGACACAGAAUAUCACUGCAAACUUGAAGAGCCGAUGGCCUGACAUCUGCUCGUGUAUGGUUGCUAUUCAUCGUGCUGCCACUCCGGAGGGUGGCGAUGACGAACAAUGA